AUGGAACCUCCACGUAGGAAGAGGAAGUGCGUGAGAUUCGCCGGGGUAGACUUCGACGAGCCACCGCGCAUGCCAUCGAUACCAGAGGAUGGCCCAUCUCAAAGUGUAUCCAAUUCUGAGGUUUUCCGAAGAAUGGAAGACGGGCUUGCCACGGUAGGUACCAUUAACCGAAUUCCACUUGAACGCCGACGCCAAAGACGUAUGAGAGUACGAGAAACGAUGAAAGCGACAAGGGGACCUUGGGAUACUGAAAGAGAGCAAUUGAAUGCAUACGCGAGAAAGCGGUUAGCGACAGAAGAUGUAAGGCUUAGGGUAAUCAGAGCGAAGAAAGAGAAUCUGACGAGGACGGAAAUUGAAGUUAUUGAGGAACUUAAGCGUCAAGAUGAGAAAAUAGUAAAGAGUGAGGAACGUUGCGAAGAAGAAUUGAAGAAGCAUUCGGGGCUGAUCAAAAGAGUCACGAGAAAGAAGAGACGCAACUCGAUUAAAAAGACUCUAGAGCAAGAAAAAAUCGCUUACGAGGCUGUGAAAGAUAAUCUCAGGUUACAAGCGAGAGAUGCUGAGUGUGAGGUAGACAGAGAAUUUUUGUUCAAAAGGGAGAUAGAUUAUGAAACCAAGAGAUUAUGGGAAGCUGAAGCGACUAGAUGGGAAAUGGAGCUGGAGAUUCCAACCCUUCUGAGAAAAAUCGAUCUCCCGCCAGAAGAGCGAGAAUAUUUGAAAACCUCUAUCGGUAAUUCUUAUGUGCAUAAAAGAUGGUGUAUGGCUGGUCCUGUUGACAGGGAGCCGUGGUCUUACCGUCCCUAUGAACGGAAAUGGGUCUGCGAGGAUUGUAGGGCUGAUAUUAGAUGGGAGAGGAGAUUACAGGAGAACUCAGAGAUGUCAGGUACUCCAUUUCAGAAUGUCAAUCGACUUGUAUAA